AUGGUCCAACCACCCUCCAAUGUUAGUGUACUUUUUAAGCCUCAAUUGCUGGUUAAAUGUCAAGACCCGGGGAGUUUCACCAUACCUUGCACUAUAGGAAGGACCACUAUUCCAAAAGCCUUACUAGACCUAGGAGCUGCUAUUAAUAUGAUGCCCAAGUCAGUCUAUGAGUCCCUAGGUAUCACUACUCUUAAGCCCACUAUUGUUAUGUUGCAAUUAGCAGACCACACUAUUAGAUAUCCACAUGGGGUGCUUGAGGAUGUGUUAGUAAAGGUUAAAGACUUGGUUAUUCCUGCAGAUUUCUAUGUUUUAGAUAUGUCUAAGAAAAGCAUGAAUGAAGGAAUUGUGAUGGAAAACACCAUAGAUUGGGAUGCUAGAUCUGAGAAGUCGGUUAAUGAUUAG